AUGAAUAUAUUUAAUAUUACACGCCGUCUUAUUCAUACAUCUCUUCCUAAACGUGGAAUCGAUGAUUUAUGGAAAGGCGGGUUUUUGGACCCAGAAAGCAGUUUUACGGAUAAGAAGAAAUUUGCAAUCACAGGAGAUGCCUGGCCGUCUUGCAUACUUAGACUAAAAAGCUUUGAAGACCUUAGGAGCCUAUAUUUUACAUGUUUAAAGGAGAAAAAUUUUUUAUUGAGCGAACGCUUAGCGGCAUCCCAGGUCAAGGCUAAACAGAUGUACCACGGUCGAUUAAAAAAGGUCAAAUUGACAAUUAAACGAAUAUUAGGAGUUAUCACAAGAAGAGAAAUCCAUCAACAAUGCUUGAGAGCAAAGUAUAUUUUAGCGGCACAGGUUGAAAAGGAGAAGUUAGAAACUAAACGAUUUCACUUGUUGGAAAUGGAGAAGAAAAUUGAGCACAAAAUUAAACGACUAGAGAAUGUGGAUUCGCUACAGAAAUCCUCCUUGAUUGUCGCCCUCGAUAAGAUUAGGGCGGAUCUAGAAAUUAAUGAACUCCAUUUACAGCCCUUAAGGAAAGUAACUUUGCAGCUGAGGGAACCUGAUUGGAGAUAUCAAAAGAAAUAUUCAGACCUACCGGGAAGAAUUACAUGGAAUAGAGAAUAUCUGCCAGCGUUAAGAAAAAAUUUGAAGAAUCGCAUCAGAUUUUACUAA